CAGAAAAAGAAAAGAAAAUAAAAAUUACAUAGGUUUUAAAGAAGGAAAGAGAAAGGAUUGGAGUAAGAGCGGCAGGGAGGAAAUCCAAGAACAGAACGGUGAAAUGGCUUCCGAAGUUGGCAAAUGGAAUCGCGGCAGGUCGAAUCCUUUUGAAUUUCUGAGUCCUAAAGUGUUGCUAUUCCUUAUUAUGGUUUCGACCCAUCUCUGCAAAUAUGAUGCAAUUAGUUAUUCUACUUCUUCAGUCAUGCACACCAACAAUUGGGCAGUCUUGGUCUGCACCUCACGUUUCUGGUUUAAUUAUCGACAUAUGGCCAAUACUCUAUCUUUGUAUAGGACAGUAAAAAGGCUUGGAAUUCCUGAUGAGAGGAUAAUACUUAUGCUGGCUGAUGACAUGGCUUGUAAUGCUAGGAACAAGUAUCCUGCUCAAGUCUUCAACAAUGAGAACCACCGCCUUAAUUUAUACGGAGAUAAUGUUGAGGUAGAUUACAGAGGUUAUGAAGUGACUGUUGGAAACUUCUUACGGGUUCUGACCGGACGACAUGAAACUGCUAUUCCAAGAUCCAAACGUCUUUUAAGUGAUGAAGGAAGCCACAUACUUCUAUAUAUGACUGGGCAUGGAGGAGAUGAAUUUCUUAAAUUCCAGGAUUCUGAAGAGCUUCAAAGUCACGAUUUAGCUGAUGUAGUAAAGCAAAUGAGAGAAAAGCGUAGAUUCAAGGAGCUGCUGAUAAUGGUGGACACUUGCCAGGCUGCUACUCUAUUUUCUCAGCUUCAUUCACCUGGUGUUUUGGCUAUUGGGAGUAGCAUGAAAGGCGAAAAUUCUUAUUCACAUCACCUGGACUCAGAUGUUGGUGUCUCUGUUGUGGAUCGUUUUACUUUCUAUACCCUUUCAUUCUUUGAAAAGCUAAAUAUGUACGACAAUGCUUCACUGAGCAGCCUUUUCAAUUCAUACAACCCAAAUAUGUUGAUGUCAACUGCAUAUUACCGGACUGAUCUCUACCAACGACCUCUGGAUAAUGUACCUGUGACAAAUUUCUUUGGUUCAGUCAUGGAAACAAUUUAUACAGAUUCAGCUUACAGAGGUUUCUCGGUCAAAGGAUCUGGAGAUGCUAUAAUAAAAAUUCUGCUCCAUCAAGCAGAUAACCAGGCAGACUGGAGAACAUUGAAUUGUGUUACUCUUCAGGACCAAAUUAGGGACCCUAACAGUAAGGAGAGUGAUGUUAUCCAUUGUAUAUGGAGUACUUUGCAUAAAAAGGUGAAGGAAAUUGAAGAUGUCGACACCUUGGUGAAUUAUGGGCUCAUAAUUAUGUUCCCACUGGUGGCAAUUAGCACUUGGCUAUCACGGCGAAGUGUGAAGUGAAUCUGAAUCAUAUGUUGAUUGGUACUUGCUUGAAAUGAAGGUUCUCAAUUUAUACAACAGGGAAUCUGCAUUUUGAUCAGAGCAAGAACCGGAACCAGGGAGAUGCUAGGGCUGCAUCUACCAAGUAGAAAAGAAAACCCAAAAAAAAAAAAAAAAAAAUGGAAAAUUAACUUGCUCAUUUGCUCGUAUCCAAACCCAGAUGAUAGAUCAAGUUAUGUAUAACCCCCCCAAGACUAUAUCCUUGGGUCAUACUCACAGAGUCCUGAUUUAUCAUAUGAUAUGUUCAUUGAUCUUGUAAACGUUUUUGUUAUCCAUGUUUAGCUAUUAGGUAACUCAAAUUCACUUUUCAGCUUUAUGGACACUGGCCUCCUUCAAUACUUGAAUUAACUUACCUCCUUAUGGCAAAGGGAAAAGCUGUUAGGUGGAGAAGACAUUAAGGAAUGUAUCUUGAGCAUUGAAAACUAUCUAUAAGCAAGGCAUCAACACGAAAGGUCAAGAUGAGAAUGAUAGAGAAAUGGAUUGGCAUGUUUAGAAUCUUAAAUAAUAGCAAACCUGGUAGUCCCCAUAGAGAGACAAUAUCUAAUAGACCCUAUGUAAUUUUAAGGAAUAUCAAUUAUUGGCUUAUUGAUUUGGUUUGUAAUGAUUUUUUACACAGCCUAAAGAUUGUAUUCCCUCUUAACACUAUAUAUCUCAUUUGGAUUA